AACACGUCGGAGAAUAUGCCCCCAUCGAGAUGACGACACGGUCUUAAAUGCCGAAAGGCUUCACUUCUCUCAUCUCUUCUCUCUCUGAAAAACUGUUUAUUUUUUCUUGUUAUCGAAGGUCGGCAAUGGCUAGUGAAGAUCAUCAUCAAAGGAAUGACGAAUUGGAAAAAGAAUGUGUUUAUAAAACGAAGAUUGUACAGUUUUUAGGAAGAACUACACCGAUUAUUCUUCAGAAUGAUAAUGGACCUUGCCCUCUACUAGCUAUAUGUAAUUUGCUUUUAUUGAGGAAUAAUUUGAGUUUGAGUGGAGAUGCGACUGAUGUUUCUCUACAGAAAUUACUUUCUCUUGUUGCAGAAAGAUUAAUUGAUUCUAAUAGUAAUGUGGAGAAUAAAGAUGCUGGUUAUGUUGAAAAUCAGCAACAGAAUAUUGGAGAUGCAAUUGAUUUACUUCCUCGCCUUUCUACUGGGAUUGACGUAAAUGUUCAAUUCCGAAGGAUUGAUGAUUUUGAAUUUACUCGAGAAUGUACCAUAUUUGAUCUUCUCGAUAUUCCAUUGUAUCAUGGUUGGAUAGUGGAUCCACAGGAUGUUGAUACUGCAAAUGCGAUAGGGUCAAAGUCUUAUAAUACUUUGAUGGGAGAGCUCGUAGCCCUUGAAACAAGUACCACUGCCAACGAACACAAUAGUUACCCUGAAGAAGACUGUAUUGAUUUUGCUGCUGCAACGACUGCUACCUUGGGAGUUCCUUCUCCGAGUCUUUCAAGAGCUAGAUCUUUUGAUGAUUCACCACGUUCUGUCUCUUAUCAUCAGAAUGGAAGACUGGGAGACGCUGAGGAAGAAGCUGAACUUUUUAGAGCUCUAAAAUUAUCAACUGCUGAACCUCCACCACCUAUGAUUGAGACCUUAUCUGAUGAAGCAAUUGUGAAUCCAGUUUCAGUUCUUGGAGAAGCUACAUGCCUCCAAAGUUCUGAACCUGGUGUCCAUGCAGACUCAUUGGAUGGGGAAACUGGAAAUGAACAUCAUGAAACUACACAAGUUAAAAUUUCUGAACUAGGUGUUCCUGCCGACUCACUGGAUAGCGAAACUGGGAAUGAACAUCAUGAAACUACGCACGUUAAAAAAUGUGACUCGGGUGUUCCUACUGGCUCAUUGGAUGGGGAAAAUUGGGAUGAACAUCAUGAACCAGAACAAUCUACAUUACAGAAUUGCAAUAUCUCCAACCGUGCCAAUAAUGGAGGGAUGGUUUCUGGAGAACACUCUGAUCAGUUAAAUGAUAAGGACUCUGGAGAGCUUGAUACCAGUUUCGCUUUCUCAAACGAAAACACUGUGGGUGCAUACAAACACCAUGUGCCUGAGUCUAUGGAGGGUCAACAAGUUCAACCGAUUGAUCUUCAAGAUACUAACCUGUUGAGUAAUGAGAGUGUCCAUGACACUUCUUCAGGUCCAUCGGAACAAGACGAAGAUUCUGAUUUAUUUGAUGGUAUAAACCAACAACAGAUAGAUGCUGCUGAGGCUGUCGCCUCUAGCCUCGGUGGUAGUGAGCCUAUGUACGAAGGAGAAGAGUGUAUAGUUGAUGCCAAACCGAUAAUAUAUGAAUCCCGAGAACCUAUAUAUGAAGGGGAGAUGGUUCUCGCUGAGCAAGCUGAAAGAGCUUCAGGAAAUGUGUGUUCUACGCAAGGGGAUCUGCUUCGGAGCUUUUUCAGAAUCAAUGCCAGCCAGUUGACUAUAUAUGGCCUAUUCUGCCUACAAGAAGGUUUAAAGGAACGCGAACUUUGUGUUUUCUUCCGUAACAAUCAUUUCAGCACCAUGUUCAAGUUAAAUGGUGAACUUUACCUGCUAGCUACUGACCAGGGUUAUAUAAACCAACCAGAUUUGGUAUGGGAAAAGCUAAAUGAGGUUAAUGGAGAUACAGUGUUUAUGACUGGUAACUUCGAGGAGUUCAAACUAGAAACUCAUGGUAAUGGUACAUGGAAUGAGCAGAAUGCCAUGACCAGUACAGCUGACUAUCUGGCAAGUAUUGACAACUCAGCAGCAGCAGACACGACAUUAAGUUCUGAUAUGCAACUAGCCAUGGCACUGCAACAGCAGGAGUUCGAUAACCAGCCACCGCAGAGGCAGCAUACAUCCCAGCAGUCAUCUUCUACUGCUAGUAGCGGCGGUUCAAGGCUCGUUGUAGGUCCUCAGGUUCCAAGGACCAAAGUCAACACCAGUACAUCAGCAAAGCAGGAGUCCAAGUCGAAGGACAAAUGUGUUGUAAUGUAGUAGUAUGCCCUUUUGUUGGCUUUUCAUUCAGUUGAUGUAAAUUCUGUUAAUCUUUCUCUUUUUGUCAUUUCAAUUUGUAUCAUAACUUACAAUUUUACAUUUUAUUUGAUGUUUCUUUGAGACAAAUUUCUGAUUCAAGUAACAAAGAAUAUAUUGAUUACC